UUCACUCUCCCAGCCCAGUCUCUCUAAUUCUUCAUUCUGGCGAUUUCUAGGGCGAAAUGUAUCGAUCUUUGUGGUGUGAAUUGGGAGUAACUCUGAAGAGGACGACAACUUCUUCUUCAACAUUACCAGCUAAGUAUUUUUUCAGAAUACAAAAUCAAAAUGUUGCUGUAAUUUCAAAAUCUAGGGUUACUUCCAUCUUCUCUUCCUUCUCUACUACCACUAGUAAUAAGCGUAAUAAUGUCAAUUGUUCUUAUGAUUUUGAUUCAUCAUUUGUGGUUUCUUAUCUGAUUAAUUCAUGUGGAUUAUCACAAACUGAAGCAAUUAUUGCUUCUAAAAAAAUCAAUUUUAAAACCACAACGAAACCAGAUUCAGUAUUAACCCUACUCAAAACAUAUGGAUUUACUGAACCCGACAUUUCUAAGCUAAUAAACAAGGAACCAUCCAUCCUCUUAUCUAAUCCUCAUAAAACCCUUCAACCCAAACUGGAUUUCUUCAAAUCAAAAGGAAUUUAUGAAAUUGAGCUUGCCAACUUCAUCUCCAGGUUCCCAAAAUUUCUGACGCGAGGCUUAAAGGGAGAAAUAAUUCCUUCCUUUGAAAUACUUAAGAGCAUUGUUCACUCUGAUGUACAUGUCAUUAAAAUGAUUAAACGAAAUUCUUGGAUUAUCAGUGCGGACCGAAUUAAAAGAGUGAUGGUCAAUGUAGAGCUUUUGAGAAAUGAAGGUGUUCCUGAAACUAAUAUUCAUAUGUGUUUAAGCGCCCAACCAAGAGCAUAUUCAGAAAGCGCCAAUAGAUUUAAAGAGAUUUUAGAAAAGGUUAAAGAAAUGGGGUUCCAUCACUUACAAACCACAUUUCUUAGAGCUAUACAUGGAUUAACAUCAAUGAAUGGAGCCAAUUGGAGGAAAAAGAUGGAUGUUUACAAGAGAUGGGGUUGGUCUGAAGAUCACAUUCAUGCAGCAUUUAGGAAACAUCCCAGCUGUAUGAUGGCUUCCGAAAAGAAGAUUAUGGGGAUUAUGAAUUUCCUUGUGAACGAUAUGGGUCAUAAUUCAUUAAGUAUUUCUGGAGCCUCAAAAGUUUUUUGCUAUAGCUUGAAGAACAGGAUUAUACCUAGGUGUUCUGUUGUUAAGAUUUUAGUCUCCAAGGGUCUGAUUCAGAAAAAACCUUGUAUUAAUUCAUUUGUAACAAUCACAGACAAGUCUUUUUUGGAAAAAUAUAUCAAGAAAUACGAGCUAGAAGUUCCCGAACUAAUGAAGGUAUUCCAGCGUCAGCUUAAUUACCUAGACCUACUUCAGAACUAGUGUACCUUGUCUUUCCCUCUUCUUCUUUUUCCUGUUCCUGCUGGUCUUUCAUAUUUUAGCUCUGCUCUUGUUUAUGAUUGUAUUGCUAUUUCAGUUAAAAAUAUUGAGAUGCUUCAUUCGUUUGAAAAAAAUGAAGAAUAUAUAUCACGAAGUAGUAGUCCUAUGUUUUGGGCAUGUUAUUUGUGGUUUUUUGUUUGAUAAGAAAGUUUGUAUAGUUGGAUUACUAUUGUUUCUUCCGAAGGUUGGCAGUUUAGUAACUUUAUGUUAGCUCAACUGUCCUUUGGAGUCCAUUAGAUAUUUUUUUCUUUUUCUUCUAUGUAAACACUUCAUUAUUUUUUUCCAAGUACCGAGACAAUAGAACUCGAGUAAAAGAUGUUAUGAAGUUGGGAAAGAUUGCUAUGUCAUCUGCUUCGACUUAUGAAGAGUUCAUGGCUGCUAUUGCCGAGUACUUGAACCCGGUAUAAGAUAUCAACUUGCAGGUAGUGAUUUUUCUCUUCUACAGCGACCUUGUAUUUGAAGAGCUGCUGGAAAGGAUUAAGGUGAAGGAAGAGAAGGAGGCUAAAAACCGUCAACUCCUAGCUGAUGACUUCUCUGAUCUAUUACGCUCAAUUAAGGGAUAAGGAGAGGGAGGCUCCAAGAAGGAUGAUACAGAGAGCGACACUGUUGAUGCAUCUGGCGUGAAGGAGGACAGAAAAUGGGACAAGGAUAAGGAUAGGAAACUCUGAAAGUGACCAAAGUGGGGCUGAAGACAUGAGUUCGGAGGAGGAGGAAAAAGAUAAUUCAAAGAAAUCACAAAGACAUAGUAGUUCUAGAAAAAAAUCAAGAAUAGCAUGCAUGCACUCCUAAUUCAGAUGGUGAAGGUGCACACAAGAGACAUCGGAAAGAUCAUAGAGAUGGCUCCAUAGAAAUGGCACUCAUGGGAAACUUGGAGAGGAUGGGAAGAUACGGCGAGUUCAGUGAAGUUAGAGCAGCAACAGAAGAGAAUCAAGCAAUAUGCAGGCAGUUGCUCUCAGGCUUGAAUACUGCAGUACGAUGGAACCAAGAACAGGUUGUCAGGAGAAGUCUUUUUCAAUGAAGUUUGUGACUGACUUGCUCAGAUUAUUCUCCUCAAUUCCGUCUCUCCUCUGUAAUGGAAACCAAUCGACCUUUUGAAGACCAAAGUCCUCUGCUGUAGUAGUGGUGCAUCAAAAGGAAAUACUGGUGAUGGCUAGAAGCAGUGAUUUCUUAACUGCUGUAUCUGGAGGGUUGCCGCCAGCUCUUUUGCCAGAAUUUUGGCAGUAUUGUGUGUGGGAAUGGGCUGCUAAGACGGGUGGUUUAUCAUACUACGCCUUCAUUCUUGGCAAACUUAGAGUCACCACAUCAACAGUACUGUAGAUUCUCUCUUCUUUGGAGGGCGCCCUUUUCUGAGGUUCCUUUCUUUAGUUGGUUUUUGAUGUUACUUUUGUGUGUCCUUUUGUAUUGAUUUGCCUAAUUUGGCUGGUUAAUAGAAAAAUGACCCUUAUUCCUAA